UCGCCACUGGGGUCGUGGCGAGUCGUCAACACGAGCUCAGUCUCGCUCAGCUGCAGCGGGCGAAAUACGUCUCGGUGGAGCUCUGAAAAGGGUUCCUUGAGUGAGUGAGUGCGGAUUUGGAUUUAUUAUUCUCUUGGUAGAUUCCGUCGCGAAUUCAGCGGGAGAUGGAAGCACCUAAUACGGUGAUGCCGGGAGCAGGUCCCCCAACCUCGGGCCCUCCCCCUGGCUACCCAGGGCCCCCUCCGCCCUACACGGAGUACCCCGGCCAGCAGCAGUACGCACCACCACCCGGAGGCGCCGUCCCUUACGGCCUCGGCUUCUGCGUCCCUCCUCCGGCGUCUCACCAGCAGCCGUUUCCUCCCGGAUACCCAGCGCCGCCCCAGCCCCUUCCAGGUGGACCUUCCUUGUACCCGGACAUGUCGCAGAUCCCGCAACCCCAGGCAGGUACUGUGCCUUACACGGGUGCAUGGACUUACCACAGUGCACUGCCUUACACGAGUUAUGUUGAUGCACCGUAUGGAUCCCCGUAUGACAUGCCGCCUCCAGGAGGCAUGGUGUAUGGUGUGCUGAGCCCCGCCGGUGAUCCCGAGCCUGCUGCAGGCAUUGAGCAUGGUUUUCCUUUCCCCUUGCACGGAUCGAAAGCCCCGUUUGCUCCUUCAGCCCCAGUAGAAUCUCCAGCACACAGCCGUUCCCUCCACCCCGCCUGGCAUAGCGCUGAUGGUAGCCAUUCCCCCUCUAUCCCUGCACACAGCACAGGCUCUAGGCAUGUUUCGCUCGCCUCCCCGCACAGGAGCUGCCACCCGCAUCAGGCUGGUUUUCAGUAUGGUAAUGAAGGCCCACAGCCGUCCAGCCCUCAAGUUCCGUAUGGAUUCGGGCAGGCGAGUGCUCCCACGGCCCCGCUCCCGCCCACACAACCGACCCUGAUGCCGACUCGGCCCGCUCCGUCACCGCCCACCCAGCCCCACGCCCCUCCGAGGCCCCAGCCGCCGCUGGCAACGCCCCCUGAGUACACGACGGUAGGACAGUUUCCGCAGGACCCUGUGCUGAACGGCAGGGCGAGGUCCCCACCGCUGAAGGAGGGAGAGGCGCCCCCCUCGUGGCGUCGUGGCUGA